UCUGAUUGGACGACUGUAAGUUUGUUUCAGACAUGGCCGAAACCGGAGGAGAAGGAGCGCAAGGUGGAGCAUAUUUUCACAAAGAAAGAAUAAAAUACAGCCCCGAGGAGGAAGCCAGGCUGGAGAGACAGCAUUUUUGGAGAAUAAUCGAUGCUUUUAGGUUUUACAGGGUUCAUGUCCAGGAGCAGGUCAAGCGAGCUGAGCGUCAGUUUCGGAGCCUACCACAGCACCACCAGAAUUUGCUGCCAGGUGUUUUGUCCAACCUGACCCGGAUCAGCCAGUGUGCAGACCACAACCAGGAGGUGCUGCAGGCCAUCAUUCACAACAGCCUUGACAUGUUCGAGAACAUCGGGUACGGCGAGAGGGUAAGGCCAGACGAAACCAGGUUGCCCACUGCACAGGAGGAUCCGAGGAAGGUGCGCCCAUCCACUACAUUUGACAUGGACAAGCUUAAAUCCACCAUAAAGCAAUUUGUCAGAGACUGGAGUGAGGUGGGUCAGGCUGAGAGGGACUCCUGCUACCAGCCCAUCAUCCAAGAGAUCCAAAGACUCUUCCCAAGUGAUCAAUAUGAUGUGUCUAAGGUGAGCGUGCUGAUUCCGGGUGCUGGGCUUGGCCGUCUAGCCUGGGAGAUUGCCCGCCUGGGUUAUAUAUGCCAGGGCAACGAAUGGAGCCUCUUCAUGCUCUUCUCCUCAAACUUUGUUCUCAACAGGUGUGAAAAGGUGAACGCUCUGACCCUGUACCCUUGGAUCCACCAGUUCAGCAACAACAAGAAAUCCUCUGACCAAAUACGACCAAUCAGAUUCCCUGAUGUCAACCCACAGAGCUUACCACUAACUUCAGACUUCUCCAUGGUAGCAGGGGACUUUGUGGAGGUCUACACUGAUGCAGAUUCCUGGGACUGUGUGGCUACCUGCUUCUUUAUAGAUACAGCUCACAAUGUCAUAGAGUAUGUGGAGACCAUCUGGAAGAUUCUUAAGCCUGGUGGAGUGUGGAUCAACCUGGGUCCACUGCUGUAUCACUUUGAGAACAUGGCCAAUGAGCUCUCAGUGGAACUUAGCUACGAAGACAUUAGGACAGCAAUGGUUAAAUUUGGCUUCCACAUUGAGGUGGAGAAAGAGUCGAUGCAGACCACCUACACAGAGAACGACCGCUCUAUGUUGAGAUACGUUUAUGACUGUGUCUUCUUUGUGGCACGAAAACCUGCAGACGUAUACUUUGAUUGUCAAGAAGACGACCAACAACAGAGCUCUCCAUCGGCGGCAAAGUCACCACGAAGAGAGGGCACUGACAGCCUGACGUGACAAGAAAUCCUUUGAUGUCAGUGAACUUAGAGCACAACCAUUGACUGAAGAAAAAUUAGACUGUCAGAGUGAAAAAGAAAAUGGAAACAGAAGAAAAAAAAUCAGUGGACAUUAAGUUUUUUUCCGUCAUAUAUAUUUUUUAUAAUUUUUAUUCUAUUUUUUUUUUCAAGGUGAGUCAUUUACCUUUGGCUGCUAUUUUGUUUAAGUGGUUUGUGUGUCAGCUACAAGCCAUGAAGCCUAUAUUUCUUUUAACUAUCACAGCCUGUAAUCUUACUCAUUCUUAUGUCCAUUGACUUUCACUGCCUGAGAAAGGCGAAGAGAAAGAUAGAGAGAGAGAGACAGUGUGUGUGUGUGUGUGUGUGUGUGUGUGUGUGUGUGUGUGAACAGAGAACAUGAUGUGAAAAUAUGCUUUUGAAAUCUAUUUAUUUUUCAAAUAUGGUGCCAAUAAUUAAAUCUACUCACUUGCAUUGAUUAGUCACCUCUGAAAAUGUCAUGUCAAAACAUGUUCCAGCUUUUCAGGAAUAAGUUGUUUUAAAUUUUCAUUGACUUUUCUGGUUUAUAAUCACACUUUGGAAUAAAGCCAAACAUUUUAAAAAUA